CUCCUGCUGCUGCUGCUGCCGCCGCCGCCCACGCUCGUCCUCUGCCUGCUGGGCGGCGCCGGGGCCGUGCCCGAGCCCGGACGCUGGGACCACACCGUCGGACACGGCUCCAAGCCACUAGUAUUUAGAAAAACUAUGUUUAAUUCGACUGAGAUCAAGCUUAAAAUUGAUUCAUUCAGCUGUCCUGAUCCCGUGUCAUUUACCAUAGAGUGGUUUCUGAAGUAUCAUGCCUGUCACAAUGAAUUUAUCGACCUGGAAGAUAUGUUGGAGAAAAACAUCAUCACUGCUGAUAAAGAUUUCUGUGCAGAUUAUCUCCAAGGAAAGCAUUGUAUAAAACAAAAAAAUGAAAACCUGAAGUGCAACAGUGAAUUGCAGAUAUUUCCUGUGUUGCAUAAAAAAGAACAAAUAACAACAAAUAUUAAAAAGCUUCCAAACCACCUAGGAUCUACGGAUGAUGUCAUAGCCAGAACGUGGAGGGAUGGCCCACAUCUUUUCAUUGUUUCUAUAAAAACAGAAGAGAAAGAGAGAAACUGGAAUUUAACAGUUUCCGUUUCGAUGCUGGGGCUUCAUGGGUAUAUCUCGGCAUCAGAAUGGCCUCUAAUGAUUUUUUACAUGGUGAUGUGCAUUCUCUACAUUCUAUACGGUGUACUGUGGCUCGUCUGGUCUGCCUGUUACUGGAAGGAUUUGUUGAGGAUCCAGUUUUGGAUUGCUGCCGUGAUUUUCUUGGGAAUGCUAGAAAAAGCAGUGUUUUAUGCAGAAUAUCAGAAUAUCAAUACCUCUGGACUUUCAUCCCAGGGUCUCUUGAUAUUCGCCGAAUUGAUCUCUGCAAUUAAGAGGACUUUAGCACGUCUCCUUGUAAUCAUUGUGAGCUUGGGCUAUGGCAUCGUGAAACCUCGCUUAGGAACAGUUAUGAAUCGAGUAGUAGGACUGGGUGGACUCUACUUCAUUUUUGCAGCCAUUGAAGGCAUUAUGAGAAUUAUUGGGGGUGCUAACCAUGUGGCUGUUCUUGUUUGUGAUAUUAUUUUAGCAGUCAUUGACUCCAUUUUUGCAUGGUACAUAUUUGUAAGUUUGGCACAGACAAUGAAGACCCUAAAGUUAAGAAAGAACACAGUGAAGUUUUCCCUUUACAGACACUUUACAAAUACUCUGAUAUUUGCUAUAUUAGCUUCAAUCGCAUUUAUGAUAUGGACGACUAAGAAAUUCAGAUUAGCAGAAUGUCAGUCGGAUUGGAUGGAGCUCUGGGUCGACGAUGCCUUUUGGAGAUUCCUUUUCUCCGUUAUCCUUCUAGUGAUUAUGUUUUUAUGGAGGCCAUCAGCAAAUAAUCAAAGAUAUGCAUUCACGCCUCUAAUAGAUGAUUCAGAUGAUGAAGUUGAAGAAUUUAUGGUGGUUUCUGAAAAUUUAGCGGAAGGAAUAAAGCUAAGAACUUCAAAGGCGGUUUCCAAUGGAACAGCUAAACCUGCUACAAGCAACAGCAAUGUUGAUGAAGAUUUGAAGUGGGUGGAAGAAAACAUUCCCUCUUCAUUCACAGAUGUAGCGCUGCCGGUGUUAAUGGAUUCGGAUGAGGAGAUAAUGAUGACCAAAAAUGAAGUGUCAGACAGAGUGUUGUCUUCAGAAAAGAUAAUAUGACCAACACCUCUAAAACCAAGUCUGGUAAUGAAAAUUGACCACCCACCCUGAAUCCGAGAGCGCGCGAGAAAGAGAGACAGAGGAGACCAUCACUGACUAUGCAUAAUAUUUUGAUAGGUCUUGAUUGGUGUUUUCUAUGGUAUUAUCAUAGAAGAUAUGUAUAUGAAUGUGAAGUUUCCAGGAGGGUUUUUUUCCCCCCACAUCAUGUCUUAAGAUGCCAUUGUUUAUGGUCUUAAAUGUCAGUUAAAAUGCCUCAGGGGCGGUGGAUUAAGCGAGUAUUCAGAAGGCAGAAAAGUGCAAAUGAUAUGUCGGUCCUUAAUGGAUUUUUCGAGUGAACUCUUGGAACCGAAUCUUGUGGGGAGGGGUGACAUAUUUUUGGCAUUAUGUUUCUCAUCAUUUUUGUACAUUCCCCGUCCAGCCUCCCUUUUUAGGUAGUCUUUAAUGUGGCACAUCCAUCUCAUUUUGUAGAGGUUUUCCCCGUCUCCUCAGUUCAUCAUUUCUUUUUGAAGCGAUGGGUUAUUUUGCUUUUAUACCGAAAUGGCUGUAUAUUGAGUAAACGUGGUUAAAUAACGUUAGCCUCUAUUUAUACAUUAUGAUCACCUUAUGACUAAGUCUUUAGAGCAAAGUUCACUUGUAAAUAGGAAUAUCAGCAGCAGAUUUCAGUGUCGGAGGUCUGGAAGGGGCAAAACUUUAUUUCAUUCAUAAUCUUGAGGAGGUUUUUUGUCAUGUAAGCUCUUUUAUUUUUGAUAAUUUACUGCCGGAGAUGUGUAUAAAAUUGCCAUCUUCUAAUUUUCUCACACUACUCCACCGUCAACUGUUUUAGCCUACCUCAGUUUUUUUGUAGUACGCAGUUGUAACUUGCCCCUCUGUAAUGUGACAUCAUACGAUUUGGAAUUUUUCUUUUUGAAAUUUGAAAUGGCCCAAGUAUAAAGAUGAAGUGAAUGAGUUGUUGUGAACUUGUGGAACAUUUACAAAUUUUAUUAACUCUGUAUAACCAAAGAGGGGCGGCCACAUUGGACAGUCAUCUUCUGGCCGGUCUGUGUUUUUAAGAAUUUGUUCUGAAUUCAACUCCUUUGAAAUUUGGCGAUAAUCGGAGCCCAUCCAAUAUUCUAUUAGAUUGGUGUAACUUUGUACUAGAGAAGAAACUUCUGAGCUUCUUGGCCAUUAAAGUAACCUAAGCAAACAAAGCUUAAAAACUUGACAGUAGUAGCCAGAAGAAACCGCGGAAGAAAACUAACUUGAAUUUUACAGAAAAUUAGAACGGUGGGGUUCUUUCUCCUGAAAAUUCAUUCCUGACAUCAUUUACUUGCCUCCCGUUCACAGGUCCCUUCUAAGAUCUUCUCUUUGUGGACCUGUAGCUUUCACCAAGUAGUUUCAAAACGCUACUUAGGGAAGGUGAAAGCUUAAAGGGCAGAAGCAGCCCUGGUUUGAAUGUACGUCAUUGUUCCGGGGAGGGCGAGCAGAGUUUUUUGUUUCAGGGUCCCGAACACAGCAAGCUCCUAGAGCGGCGGUUUUCCUCUAGGACACCUUAGUUCCCUACGUUCUCUUGUGCCCGCUGGGCACCGUGCCGUGUAAGUCUCAGAGGGGAGGGCCGGGGGAGCUUUCCUGGCACUUUCUAUUUGUCUCAUGCCCCGUGGUCCCGGGCAGACGGGCUCCUUACCCACUGCAGGGCUCCAGGAUGCUAGAGAUGCCAGGCCUCCCGGAAGCCAUAGCUGAGAGGGAACAAAUAAGCCAAAUAAGGGAGACCGGCGUCAUGGUCCAGCUUGACCGACCUCUCUUCUCCUGCUCAUCUAUUCCUCCCUUCCCCACGCCCCUGCCUUCACCACCCCCUCCACCCUAGGCAGAGCAGCCCAACUCUGCAAGGAGGAAUUGCGGAUCCGGGGCUGUUUCUCCCGCCGCUUGUCAACCUCUGGGAUCGUGGCCUGGAUGCUUCUCGAGGCACCGUGGUUCGAGGCGGCCGCUGCUUUUAGGGGGGACAGAAGGACGCAGGGAGGGCCUCUUGCGAACUCCAGGCCCUUUUGACCAGUAAAAUCCCCUCCUAGCUGGAAGCCUGGCACUUGUGGUCCCGCUCACUGAAAGGAGGGGAGUCUCAGUUCUGGUCUUUCCGGUUGAAGCACUUAAAAGACAAAGCGGGGCCGGCUCUGGGAACAUUCCCAUUGCACAGAAAACUCGCUUUAAAUGGGACUGGAAAGCGCAGCCUCACGGCUUUGAGUUAGAUGGAUGUUUACUUGAUUUAGAGGGUGAUAUAUUUUAAAAAGAUUAUUUUGGUAGCGCAAAAUGAUGUAAAUAUGUAUUUUGAGCAGGUGGGCAGAAUCUUCCAAAGCUCCGGGUUAGCGCCAACAGCUUCUAGAAACGUGAACCCUUAGGUAAAACUUGGGAUCGCAGUACGUGAUCUAAAUAGUCGGUUGUUGCUUCUUGCCCGACGUGCGGUUUCUGCUGAAUCUGAACCACUAAACUCUCAGAAUCCAAAUCGGGCAGGCCUCCUUCAGAGCAAAGGAAUCGGGCGGGGGGGGGGGUAAAGGAGGUGGGCAGUCUGGGGAGAUUGUGGCAGGUUUUCAGGUUAGUCAUUUUAGUGCUCGCCUCUGUCGAAUCGACAACCAGCCAGGUAGCAAUAGAAAAGAUUCUAAGUCUUCAUGCACCUAGUAUUGCUCUGUUGGUGGGAAAUCGGAAAGUGUCGAAUUAAACUUUUGCAAUGAAUCUUCUUUCGAUCUGGGGAGGACAGAAUGCCUUUAAUACGCUACGGCGGAAGGAACUUUCUGGGAACUUGAAUUUAAUUGGGGGAAUAAGAAGGUUUACUCUGAUAGAUGUAUUUGAAGAGAGUAAGGGUCUCCGUUGUAAGUUGGACGAGGGGGAAUUCAUUCUGUACGUGGGAGAUGACUAUUUGAAGGAAUUUCAUUACUUGAAAAGUUGAUGUAUUACUGUGCCUUAAAUGUUCUGACUUUUAAUAAAAUCGUUUCUGAAA